AUGAAGUGUGCUGAAUGUCCUGAUGGAGCAACAGGGUCAAGCUGUCAAAUGUGCUUGAACGGCUACUUCCGUCAAAACAAAAAGUGCGUCAAAUGCAAAUGUCAAGCAGAAACGUCAUUCAGCGGAUGUACACGGCGGGGGCGAUGCCGCUGUCUCCCACGCUUCGCCGGGCGGACGUGCAACAAGUGCGCCGACGGAUUCGAACACUUUCCAAAAUGUACGCCAGUCAACAAGAACAUGGAAUGUCUCUGUCACCCAAUGACCGCUUGGUCGGUUUGCCCAAGCCGAGAUCAUGGUAGAUGCCACUGUAAAUCGACAAAAUACGGAGGAAGAUAUUGUAACGAAUGCGCUCCUGGACGAGUUAACUUCCCGCAGUGCGAGUUCGAGGACAGUCCUCUUCGAAAUUCAGACUUGGAGAAAGAUUCUAAUGGACAAAUCGUGCUUCAACGAUCCACAAGAAAUCUCAAGCGAGGAAACCGACAAUACUACGGCUAUCGCGGCAGCCGACCGAAUUAUUACGACCUUGAUCAACGACUCACCGAUCUUGAAACCAAACAUACUGAGCUUAUUUACAUGUGGGAUGAUCUCCAGCAUCAUGUCGCAGAAAAGACAAGAUAUUUGAGUCAGUUUUUGAUGGACGAAGAAGGUAUGGUUCCAGUCUUCAACCAAACGCUUCACGAGUUGGAAAAGAUGGUGGAUGACGUCGAUAAGAACAUGUGCCAGAAGGUCAAGACUUGGACUUACUUUGAACCGGAGAUUGAAAAGCUCCAGAUACACGCUUCCAACACCAAUUCCAGAUCGGAAGAUAUUGCUGAUUUCAAAGAGUUGAAGAGACAGCUCGAGGAUGUGCUUCGAAAGGACGAUUUACUCUUGAGCAAUCAAACUUACGAAGAUCUAGUGGACCUCUAUGAACUGUCGAUCGUCCGAUUCGAGUCCAUCUACGGCUUGAUCAUGGACCAAGGCCACGACAUCAUCUGCAGGUCGAAACGAAUUUACGAAAUUGAAGACGUGGUCAAUUUUUUCUACAAUGAAACUGAAUUUGCCGAUAUCCUCAAAACCGACUACAGCAAAAUCCUUCCAGAGAAUUUCAAUUGUUCCAACGCUGACGAGCUUGAUGUAGCUCUAAAAGCAUUUGAGGAAGAUCGUGAGAUCCUGAACGGCAUUGAUACUUACGAAGGAGAUGUGUCGAAGAUGACGAAGAAGAACAUUUACAAAAUGGAUAAGAUUGAUCGUUUCUUGGAGCAGUAUUUCGAGCAUGACUUCAACAAUCUUGACGAGCGAGCCAUGCAACUUCACUGCAAUCAUUCAGAAGUUCAAACGCAAAUCACCGACUUUUCCGGUCAAUGGCUACGCUCUGAUAAAAAGAUGCCACGCGCAAUCAUUCACGAAUUCUGCUCAAACAGCACCAAUGAUUGUCAGACAAAAUACCCUGCUGACAUACAAUGUGAAAACUCCGAUGCGAUGAAGAGCGUUUUUGAAAUGUUCGAAGAAUUCGACCAAAAGCUUCAAGAAUACGAAGACGCCGUCGCUAAGAGUGUCCAAAUCCUGACAGAGAAUGGCGAGAACAUCAAAAAGUUCGCUCAAGAAAAACGCCUCGACGCGCUGCUUACUGAUGGCAACUGGAAAACUCCCGUCUGGAAGAAUGUAGCUGGAUCGGAGGUUUACAAAAACUACAAGACAAAAUUCCAGCGAAGAGUUCACGAUGGAAUCCGAAGUCUAGAGUUUAUCGAAAACGCUUAUUUUAUUUACAAGAAUGUUUCUGUCUUUGAAGAAAUUUGCGCGAAUCUUACAGGUGAUGCAGAUCUUGAAAAAUGCAACGAGAAGAUUUCUACUGAAAUCCUUGGUCGUAGACGACGACAGGUAGACUGGACGGAAGUUGAAGUUGACUUCGAAGCAUCAGGCGAUUCCGACUAUGAUGAUGAGGACGACUACGGAGACAAAGAAGAUGAAGUACUCGAUGAAAGAGUAGAGCCCCUUGGGUGCGAUUCUAUGGGCUUCGUAGAAGAGGAAUUAUGUAAAGAACUCGAAGAAGUGCACGAUAAAUCAAAUCUUUUGAACGAAAGGGAUUCAUUGCUGGAUGAUGAGCUAAAAGAACUCAAGGAAGAUUAUCAAAACAAUCUGCGAGAGUGGUGCAAGCCGCCAGAGAACAAAAAACUGAUGGAUGACCUUAGAGAAUUAGGUGUUUCUGAUCAGGAUGUGAUUCAAGAAUGCCAAGAGCAAAACGACACAAUUUACCGGCAAUAUGAAGAUUUUCUUUUGGAGCUUGAAGCUGAACUUGAAAGAGAAAACGAAGAAGAAUUGGAGCCAGAGAAUGGGGGCGAAAAUCCAAAAUCGAAAGAGGAAGAAAUCAUUGAAGCAAUUAUGAGCAUCGAUGUCGAAACUCCACCAGAAGAAUCCGUCUUCGACGAGCUCAAAAAUGAAGCAGAAAAUGUUGUCGAUACUUAUGCAGAGCAAGAAAUCAGCACGCUGAGUCAACAUCUUCACGGAAAGAAAAGAGGUCGUAGAGAAAUUGAUCUUUGCCCUCAAAACCUCACACUCGCUGAUUUCGUCGACAAUAAAGACGACUACGAGUGCAGCCUGACGAACUUUGACAAAGAGAUCGAAGAUCAAAUCCAGUCCCAGAAAAAAGUCUCUGACAAGAUCAAAGAUGAGCUCGAAGAAAUCGACGAGCUUCUGAGUGAAAUCAAGAGCUUCAGCUCGAAUGCGGAAGAAAUUUUGAAAUCACUUUCAAGAAGCGGUCUUCCAGCUCAAAUUGUUCAUCCAGAAGAAGUCAAAAACGGAGUUUCCAAGAUCAUGGAACUGCCAAAUGUUGUGACUGAGUCCUUCAAAGACUCGUCCAUUGGGUUGGACAUUCACUUUUCAAUGCAGACUGAGCCUCAUUAUGCUAAUCUUUUUUACCUUGGAAACGAAGAAGACUUCAAAAAAGAUCCCACGAAACGACGAAAACGUAGAAAGCGUGAGAAUAAAAUAAAAGGUGAUGGAAUCUUUGUCAGUCUUGAAGGCCACAACGAUGACGAAUGCGCCCAGGACAGUGAUGCUUGGAUGCUUAAAGUCGAUAUAUUCACAAAAGAAGGGGAUCAUUUAACUUUGAACGCUGUGAUCAAGGACGACCAAGAUGGAGGUCGAUUCAUCAAUGUUCGCCUACUCCAGCGAUUGAACAGAUUCGAACUCCUUGUCCGAAGUACCAACAUUGCAAAAGAUUCUGAAAUGAGCACGAACAAGCUGGUUCAAUGCAGAGAUGAAGAUGGUGCUGAGGAUCAAUCAUGCUCCAGAGAUUUUAAAUCCUUGGAACUUGGCGAAAAUAGUCCAAGAGUUUUGUUCAGCGACCAAAAGCCAAAAAUGAUCAUGUCUGAGCGACCGAAGCGUCUCAGAACCAACGCCAAGAAAGAAAGUGAUUGCUUAGAGCUUGAGAACUGUAAAAAGAUAUUCUGGUGUCUGAUCGAUCAAUUACCGGAACUCGAAGAGCGUCAGGAUUACAUCGAAGAAAAUGAACUGCGAAAAAUAGUCUCUCCUCCGGGUCUUUCUUACUUGCAUCCUCCUGCAAAUUUGGCAGGUCGUGCGGUUGGCUUUGUUGGACUUAAAAUCAAUCAUAACGAAGCUCUUCAUCCUUCGUACGAACCAACAGCUGAUACUAAAUUCAACUUCAUCGUCAAGAACGACUUCAUCGUCCCCGAAGAAUACAAAGAUAGUGAUGCUCGAGAAUGUACACGCUACAACGCGGAAGGAAAAAUCUCCAUCGAUUCUGCUGCUCUUGGAAAGCAACUGAACAUUUUCACCGACUCAUUCGACAAGGCGCUUGCGGAUACUCAAAAAUGCAUAAACGACGAUGUCUGUGAGAGUGAGGACUCCGCUGCUGUCGUAUUUGUUUCUGAAAUGUACGAUGUCGAUGUUUCUAAAGACUUCAACAUCUUUACUUUUACCGCCGGAACCCUCGCGAUUUCUAAUGGAGAAAUAGUGCUCAACAAAAGCGAUGGCGAACGAGAAGCAAAAUCACUGAAGAACCUAGAAUCUUGCCGAGGAAAGCACUGCGAUAUCAAAAUGGGAAUCACUUUUGGAGGAAUAAAUCAUGGCAAAAAGGGAAGCAACAAGGCGUAUGGACGAAUAUUCAUCAACGACAACAAAGGACAGAAUCUUAUCGGUAGCUUCUUCAAAAGUUUACCGCUCACAGAGGACUCUAGUCAGUUCUGGAUCGAAACUGCUGGCAAUGCGCUUACGUUUUAUGGACAAGAAGGACAUGUUGUCAAGCAUAAAAUUGUCGCCAACGACAACUUUAACUUCAGAAGCGAUAUCAACGAGAUCAUCAAUGGUGAAUGUGCAGACUGCACUACGUUUGAUGUCACUCCAUUCAGUCCGCUCAACACUAUUGCAGGAAUCUCCAAUGUUACGAGCACUUGUGAGCAGAUCCCAAGUCUAGAUCUUCACCUCGACGAAUCCUCUGUCUUCUAUCAACUCAAGCCGGACAAAGAAGAUAAUCUAACUGAAAUCUUCAAGCCCGAGUUAGAUAGAUUUGGUCUGAUGGGACACACACAUUUUAAUUACAGCUUAAAUGACCUGAAAGCAAGAGCUCUUGGUGUUAGGACUCAAUUCACAGUGCAUGAAUGUGCUAAAUCCCCUAAGUACCAGAACAUUCUCCAGUACGUGGUGAAAUUUUUCGACGAAGAUCAGGAAUUCGACAAGGUGUACCGAAUGGAUUCCUUUACUGAUUUUGAUCAAAUAGUGGAAGAGAGACCAGAAACUGUCCAGAUCAUGAUCGAAGAUUGUAAAAGUGUUGUCAUAAAGCUACAUUGCCACCAGCAUAGAUUCCCGCUCAAACUCGGCGAAGAAAAUGACCUGUUGAUUUAUUACCGAAAAGAAGGAGAAUAUAAAGAAAUAUUAGAAGAAUAUCAGUAUGAUGAGGCCAUGAUUUUCUCCUCUUCUGGACUCGAGAAGCCAUUCACGGAAUCAUGCCCGAAGGAAACGAGAAAAGAUAAAGAGGGUGCAAGUCGCUGUAAGAAAAAGUGCACUGAAAAGAGGCUACAACUUGGUGCCAAUAAUAACUCCUUGACAUUCUCUAAAUUGGAACUCUUCAAACCUGUCGUCAGCGAUUUCAAAAAUACAGUCAACAUGCUGGCUUAUACAAACUUGCAGACAUGCCCUACUGAAGAAGCCGAAAAUCAACUGUACUAUUGUCAGUUUCCUUACAGAGUUUAA